AUGAUGUUCACCAAGUCUCUCGGCCUCGCUGCCCUCUUCGCUACCAUCGCCUCUGCCCUCCCCAACGGCAUCGUUCGCCGUGACGGAGCCUCCGGCAGCGUCCAGAUCACCAACAACCUCAGCCAGGACAUCUACGCUUGGUCUGUCACCGACCAGGUCGGUCCCAUGCUGACCAUCACCGCCAACGGUGGCCAGUACUCCGAGCAAUGGAAGACCAACCCCAACGGCGGUGGUGUCUCCAUCAAGCUGGCUUCGGACCCUGAGCAGCACGACGUCCUCCAGUUCGAGUACACCGCAGCCGGUGACACCAUCUUCUGGGAUCUCUCUUGUAUCGACAUGCAAUCCGACAACAAGUUCACCGAAUUUGGUUUCGCCGUCGAGCCCACUGAUGAGACUUCCACUUGCCCCAAGGCUAUCUGCACCGCUGGUGACUCCGCUUGCUCUGCGGCUUACCUCCAGCCUACUGAUGACCACGCUACCCACGGCUGCCCUAUCAACACUGGUCUCUCUUUGACCCUCGGCCAGUAA